UGUAUUUAAUCAAUAUUGAAGGCGGUAAUCGUUAGAAAUAAAAUAUAAUACAGGACUUAACCUUUAAAAAAUGGAGUUUUAACCGGAUUUCAAGUUGUAUAAAAUCCCAACAUUUAAACGAAAACUUGUAAAUCCGGGGUGCUACAGAAACCAAAUUCCAACGAUUUUGUUUGGCCUCUGGUCAAAAUUUUGGUUGAAAGAGAAUAAAACUGUUUCGUGUCCUAAUUCGAUUUUGACUUCAAAUUUCCAUUCUUAAUUGUUCCUCAUUAUUAAAUGAAUAUAAAUAUCGUAUAUUAAUUUGAAAAAUGUUUAUCUUUUCCACUCUCUUACAAAAACAACGAUUUUAUCUAAUAAUGUACGUAUUAGACUGUUAAGUGUACUUAUGUUAAAUUUGGAAUCGUAAACAAUGUUAAGAAAAGCUCACUACUUUGAGCUUUUUGUGUUGUGAAAUUAACCGGGUAUCGUUCAGUGUAUAAAAGGAAUUGUAUCUUUCGACACAACAAGAUAGUUGAUAGCUGAGCGAUAUCAUAUCUUAAAGAAAUGGCAUUAGUGAAGACCACUGCCAUUGACAACAACUUCAUUCCGUGGCUGCUGUGGCGACCACCGGCAACGGCGAAUGGGUCGCCGCCGGAUAAUUUCACAUUUAAUGGGCCACAGGUGGUGGCGUUCCAUUUCGUGGACAACCGCCACGGCGACAACCUAAAAAAGUGGAUAAAUAUGAUCGAUGAGCUGGCACAGGAGUACGCCGGUCGGAUUCUUUUCGGCCUGCAAGACAUUUCCAACAUUGCAAAAUUUAAUGGCAACCUAAAUCCCGAAGACUUUGGCAGCUACAGGAAGGGUCUGCCCCCGAGGAUCUAUGGCAAGGAUUGCGAGGGACGGGUCUACGAAAUGCACAAGCUGGUCAGCACCAAGUACUUGAGGGAAUUUUGCGAGCAGCUGCUGAAGGAGCAGCUCUUCCGGGCCGUGGUCCUGGGACCCACUCCUGCCCAGGAUUCAGCGCCAAGGAACUACUUUGAACUCCGUGAACAGAGCAGCGGCGACAUGCUGGUGAUGCUCUAUGACCCUGCCUGCUACUACUGGCCCAUACAGCAGCGGAUGCUGCGCAAACUGGUCCACCUGCUGUCCAACGAGGAUCUGCCCAUUGUGGUUGUGGACAAGGCGAACAAUUACCUGGGCGUGGGCUUCACCCGCUGGCUGCAGAUGGUCAACUGCCACGGCUCCACCAUUUUCUCCUCGCCACGUCCCGAUGGCUGGGAUAUCAAGCUGCAAACGCGACUGGAGAGCACUCGUGGCUAUUUGCGCUACAUUGCCCGGAACAGGCAGCCGGAACUGAGGGACUUCGAUGCCGAUGGGGAGCCCAGGGGACCAGAAGAUGCUCUCGAGUACAUUCAAUAUUUGUAUUACUCCUAGCAUUUAAUUAUCGGGAAAUGGAACCAUGUUUGGAAUCGCCCAAAGACACUCAAAACGUUUACUAAAAAUGCCAAAAAUGAGGACGCUUAGUUCGGUUUAAAGAUAAGGGUGUAUAUUUAGA